CUCACUUAAAACCAAACAUAAAAUGAAGUCCACUGCCCAGGUCAUUUGGUCAUCUAUGAUUAAUGAAAUAAAGUUCUCUGUGCUUCAGCCAUGAAACUGCAAGAUACCUCUUUAAUAAGUAAAAACUAUUCUCAUUUACUAAAUAAACAAGUGCAAUUGCCCUGGACAUUGUGUGUUUGAUGAAUUGAAGUUCUCCUUUCUUCUCCUGUGAUGCUGAAAAAGGUCAGGAUGAGCUGAUGAAGGAGUUAAAAACCUGAUGAUGUGGGUUAGAAGGAACAGGACUGCAGUCCAGGAGUUCAUCCUGGAGGGCUUCCCUGCUGUCCAGCACCUGGGGAAAAUCUUAUUCCUGGUGCACCUGCUGGCAUACCUGGCCUCCAUCAUGGGAAACACGCUCAUCAUCACCAUCACCUGGGCUGACCAUCACCUCCACACACCCAUGUACUUCUUCCUCAGCACUUUCUCCUUUGUGGAAUGCUGCUUCAUAACCACGGUGAUUCCUAAACUGCUGGCCAUCUUCCUGUCAGGGAGGCAAGUGAUUUCCUUUGCUGCCUGCUUCACACAAGCUUUUGUCUUUAUUUUCCUGGGGUCGACAGCUUUCUUCCUUAUGGUAGUGUUGUCUCUGGGUCGGUACCUGGCCAUUUGCAGACUUCUGCAUUGCUUCAGCAUCAUGAGCCCCAGGGUGAGCUCCCUCCUGGUCACUGCCUGCUUCACUUUGGGAUUCCUCUUCAUGGUGGUCCCAGUUGUCCAUCUUUCCCAGUUGUCCUUCUGUGGCCCCAAUGUCAUCCCCCACUUCUUCUGUGAUUUUGGGCCCUUGGCUAAGCUCUCCUGUUCUGACAGUAGAUCUACUGGAAUGUUGUUCUUCUACCUUGUGUUUCUGGGUCUUUUUACAUGCCUCCUUGUAACCAUCAUAGCAUACAGCAACAUCAUAGUCACCAUUGUGCGAGUCCUUAGACAGAAAGCUUUCUCCACCUGCUCGUCUCACCUCAUCGUCCUCUCUCUCAUGUACGGCAGCUGUCUUUUCAUCUAUGUGAAGCCAAAGCAGACGAGCAGGGUGGACUUCAACAGACAGGCUGCUCUGGUGAACACGGUGCUGACCCCAGUGCUGAACCCUGUCAUCUACACCCUGCGCAACCAGCAGGUGCACCAGGCUCUCAGGGGUGCCCUGUGCAGGGGGAAGUAG